CCACACCCUCACCCCCCUGUGAUAUAUAAACUGAGCUCCCAGCUGGCACCCACUCAUUCUGUCACAGCCAUGGCACCUCCUGGGGCAAAGAAAGGGCUUUUAGAGCGUCUGGAUGCUGGGGAAGUGGUCAUCGGAGAUGGAGGCUUUGUGUUUGCACUGGAAAAACGAGGCUAUGUGAAGGCCGGACCCUGGACUCCAGAGGCGGCAGUGGAACAUCCUGAGGCAGUGCGACAGCUGCACCGGGAGUUUCUCCGAGCCGGGGCCAACGUCAUGCAGACUUUUACUUUCUACGCCAGCGAUGACAAAUUGGAAAACAGGGGUAAUUAUGUGGCUACAAAGAUCACGGGCCAAAAAGUCAACGAAGCAGCCUGCGACAUUGCCCGAGAGGUGGCUAAUGAAGGCGAUGCUUUGGUUGCAGGAGGCGUGAGUCAGACGCCAUCAUACCUCAGCUGUAAGAGUGAAUCGGACGUCAAAGCCAUCUUCAAGAAGCAGUUGGACGUAUUUAUAAAAAAGAAUGUAGACUUUCUCAUUGCCGAGUAUUUUGAACAUGUUGAGGAGGCCGUCUGGGCUGUCGAGGUUCUCAAGGGGUCUGGGAAGACAGUUGCCGCUACCCUGUGCAUUGGUCCAGAAGGAGAUCUGAAUGGCGUUCCACCAGGAGAAUGUGCCGUCCGAUUGGCCAAAGCUGGUGCCGCUGUGGUGGGAGUGAACUGCCAUUUUGAUCCAAUGACCUGCGUUGCUACAGUGAAACUCAUGAAGGAAGGUUUGGCAGCUGCUAAGGUGAAAGCCCAUUUGAUGACGCAGCCUCUGGCAUAUCACACACCUGACUGCGGCAAGCAAGGUUUUAUUGACUUGCCAGAAUUUCCUUUCGCCUUGGAGCCCAGAAUUGUCACCAGAUGGGACAUCCAUAAAUAUGCCCGAGAUGCCUAUAAUCUUGGGGUGCGAUAUAUUGGGGGCUGCUGUGGAUUUGAGCCAUAUCACACAAGAGCAAUAGCUGAGGAGUUGGCCACAGAAAGGGGAUUCCUGCCUGAAGGCUCAGAGAAGCACGGGAGCUGGGGAAGCGGGCUCGACAUGCAUACCAAGCCAUGGGUUCGAGCCAGGGCCAGGCGAGAGUACUGGGAGAAGCUCCCCCCUGCUUCCGGAAGACCAUACUGCCCUUCAAUGUCAAAGCCAGACGCCUGGGGAGUGACCAAAGGAGAUGCGGAUCUGAUGCAGCAAAAAGAUGCAACUACUGAAAUGCAACUGAAAAACCUGUUUGCGAAGCAGAGCUUACAAUCUAACUAACACGAUUAUCCCCUAAACUCUGAAUGGCAGCAAAUUAAAUCUAAACUGCAGCUAAAAUAACCAAACUGGCCUAGGAACGAGUUUCAGUUUUAUUUCAGACCGUUUUGGUAAAAUUCUGAGCUUGGGGAAUAAACCUGUAAGAGAGCACCUUUCAUGCUCUUCAGCAAAUAUCUUACCUCCACACAAAUGUAAUACGUGUUAGUGAUUUUCUACAUUCAUUAAUCAAACAUAUCAAGAUUUUAGGACAAUAUAAAAACUAGCAAAUAAAUAAAUAACCCCAUUUUUU